ACAGUUUUAUAUAAUCGCAAAGGGGAGGAUCUCAGCAUUCUAAUGCACAUAGAUAGAGCUUCUAGUCCACUCAGAGGCCAGAUAUUCAAUGAAACAAAAAGGGUGGUGGUUGAACGGAAAAUUAGACGGAAUGUCUAUGGAUGAGCACAUCUUUGAGGGCUAAAAUGUGUUUAGAGCGCCACCUACAUUUCAAAUCUGUAUAUUGUGAUGGAAUGUGAUAGAGAAUUAUUUUCUUUCUUGUGCUUUCUGCCACCUAGUGGAAUAAAAUGGGACUUUUCAAAGUGAGGUAGAGUGAACAGAAGCAGAAAUACAAGUUUACAAAGUUAGGACAACAACAAUGCAUGAGUCUUUUUUUAUUAUUAUUUGGGUGGUUCUUGAAAAAUAAUAAUUUUUUUGUAAUUAGUACACAGUAUGUGUGAAUGGUGAGCUUUUAAAUUUGUGUGAAAAAUUGCAGGCGUCAGCUUGAAGAUGAUUUUUUUUCCCCAGUUUGGUUUUUAAUGAGACCUUCAUAUAACAAAAAAGGGAAGAAAACAAAGUUGAAGUCUGUUUGUUUUAAUAACCAUCCCAUUGGGCAAAUGUGCCUGAAGCUGAUGAAAAAGCCAUAUAUUUUAUUCAAUUUUGUAUGUAUCUCACCGAUUCAUUGUCUUGACAGUACACAGCUCAUUAAUUUUUCAGUUUUGAAAACUAUGCUUAUGCAUUUAAAUGAAUAGCAUUUAUAGUUUUGAUGUUGUUGCUGUAAGUAUACUGUAAUAAGUAGAACUAAAUAUAAAGUGGAGUGAAAUUGGUUAUAUUUAGAUUAUUGUAGUAGCGGAAUAAGAACAUUAUGCGUAGUAUUAAGUAUGCAGCUCUCUAAAUGGAAACUAAGUGGGGCCCCUUACUUUUCUUAGACUCAGUAUGUGUUUGGAAUGUGGCUCAGUUAUCCACACUUCAUGCACUCUCUGUGGCUCCCUUCACAGGGCCUUUCCCUGUAACAUGGAUUAAUUUUUGUGUUUCCUGGUCUCACAAUCCAUGAUAAUAGGACUAGUUUUCUUAUGGCCUAUCAAAUGUUCAACAUCAAAGUCGGUGUCUCAAUCCAUAAAUUGUGUCCAGGAAACUAUGAAAACAUGACUCUGGCCUUGGGACAUUAGGGCUUUUCCUCUCUGUGAGGGCUGAGCAGGAAAAAGGGGCCCCUAUCAGUUCACCCCAGUUCUCAGUGCACAUGGAGAGAGGGGGACCAUGUGCUGAAGGAAUUUCAAGGAAGUGUGUGUGUGAGAAAGAGCUGAAAGGCUGGAGGCACCAUGAAUAGAGCGGGAAGCAUUUUUUAAUCUCGAUUCCAUGGUCCUCUCUAGAAAGAAAAGCAGGGUCUCCCCUGUCACAGCCAUUUUAAAAGCUGGCACAUUGAGCCAACUUGCUGUCUAGGAAAGUUCGUUUUGUCAGAGCUGGCCUUGUGUUGAUUGUGACACAGUUUUAGAUGUUUAUGCUUUAAGACAGUUCAGAUUUAAAAUUUAGAGUGAUUCUGUUUAAAGAGUACAUUGUUUAAGGAAAUCAUACAUGCUUGCUCACAGUUACACUUACCUUUUAACUUUACUUUUUAAAAAUGACUAAAUAUAUCACAUAGUUUCCUUGUUGCCUGUUUGAUUAUAACAAAAUGAGUCGAGGGGCCCUAACGUAGCCCUCACAUCAAGGGCCAGAUGGUAUGAAUCAAGCCUCGAGUACUGUUCAUGGUGGUGUUUGGUUACAACUGCUCAGGUCAUACCUAAUCUAUACUCUUUUGUCCCGUCAUAACUGAAAUAUUUAAACCAGCAACUGAUGCAUGUCUGGUGAGGUUUACCAAGACCAAAUCAAAUGAAUGACUAAGAAUUUACCAAUCAUGCCAAAGGCAGUGAAUCUGACUGCUCACCAGUCAAAGAUCCUUAAUGUAGCCAAUACCAAAGAGUUCCCUCCAAGACAGUGAUGACUUAAAAAGGUUGAGGUAUGAAGAGGUUUUAAUGAUAGGACUGGAGAAAUGCAGGAAGCUGGGACUAUCUGUACAAGAUAUGUGCUCCAAAUGGAAUGCAUCUUUCAUCCUGGAAUGAAAGGCGAAUAUCACGAAGGAAAAAAAUCACACAUGAGAUAGUUGCAGGUAAAAGCGUAGGUCACAUUGGGCAUUCCACAAUAUUUUCCUUUGUAAUUAGUUGUUUCCAUUCAAAAUUGUGUCACUGGCAACUGGAGUUUUGUGUCAGCACUUGGCACACUGUGUGCUAUAUAUAACAAGCACAGUUAAAUAAGGACAUGAAACGAGUCAGGAAAGCCUCAUGUAACAGGACCAAGUCUUUCAGCCACAGUUCUAAACUUGAUAAAGUACAUUGUCUAAAAGCUCAAAUAUAACAGUGACUGUAUAAGGGAAACUAUUCCCAUGUGACAGACUACCUCCUGGAAUGUUCCAUUUACUGAAUAGCAAAGAACAGGCUUGACUUAAUUAAAUCUAAACAUUACAUUCUAAAAAUGCCUCUGUGUGUGGUCUAUACCACUUCUUUGUAUAUAAGCGGAAGGUAGGUAGGUAGAUAAAUUGAUAGAUAGAUUGAUUCUGACGCUCCCGAAAUGGAACCCGAGGAACGCGUGUUAAUCAGUCCAACGGUUUUCUUUUUUUCUAAGUUGGCAAUGGCGGGAGUCUCGAGGCCAUGAGCUCGAACAUUCACAAUGACAUUUUUUAAAAAUAGCGCAGCGGCCAAAAUAGCAUUGCAUGUACGGCUAAAAGGAGAGAUCAGUCACAGUCUCAUGCCGAGAGCUGACCUGCUUCUAUUGUACUCUUGUAACAGUCUAGUGAGCCACAUCGUGAGAACGCAAGAUCAGCAAAUAAACAGGAUUUUUGAGGAGUUCUGACUAGCUGCUUGUAUGCAGGGUAUGACGACUCAUUUUAAAGCAGGCAAAGCUUUAAAGGUAAAGAAGGAGGUGGGUGAGAAUGCCCCGGCGCUCAGCGACGACGAGCUGGUGGCCAUGUCGGUGCGGGAGCUCAACCAGCACCUGCGCGGGUUAACCAAGGAAGAUGUGGUUUGGUUAAAGCAGCGGCGGCGCACGUUAAAGAACCGUGGGUACGCCGCCAGCUGCCGCAUCAAGCGGGUCACGCAGAAGGAGGAGCUUGAACGACAAAAGACAGAGCUGCAACAGGAAGUGGACAAGCUGGCCCGUGAAAAUGCCAGCAUGCGGCUGGAGCUGGAUGCGCUUCGUGCCAGGUACGAGGCCCUGCAGUGCUUCGCCCGGACUGUCACCCGUGGGCCUCCCGGCAAGGUGGCCACCACCAGCGUCAUUACUAUUGUCAAGUCCGCCAAUCACAGCCCCAGCUCCGCUCCCUUCUCGGCACCUUCGUAGUGCUGGUUGACCUUGCCUACCUAGCUUCUUCUGGUCCAAUCCGGCUCUAAACCUAGACUGGUCCAUUGGUUGCCACCUGACCCGCACUGAGAGGUAGUUCAGUGAUCUGACUCAGCGGAGGGUGGAGGCAUCAAUCUGCGUGAUUACAGAAGCGGCAUCCAUUUUUUUCUAUCUUUGUCUUUACACACUCACAGAUCACAAAAAUACACUUUAUAUUGUCUGUGCACUGUGCUAUUAACUCCCGGCACCGGCAGGGCACAUUGGCCAUUUAUUCUACUUCAUCACAGGCUUAGACUUAGCAGAGAUGAGCACAUGUUAAAGUAUGAGAUAGUACUUGAUUUAGACUGCCAUGGCAGCACUGGUCCGACAUCUCUGAUGCCUGUGGCAUAUUGCAUAUACAUUAGAAACGGAACAAAAUAUUGUAUCAUUAAAGGACAUAACAAGUACUUGGAGAUUAUUGCAAAUUUUCCUAGUUCAUUAUGUCAUCUUGGAAUACGUUGUCUCAGACAUUGCGAAAGAGCAGUAAAAUGCGACAUUUUCGACAUUUCCUGGUUUAAACCAUGUGUAAUUCACACAGUCCAUGGUUUAGAAUGGUAUUAUCUACAUCAAGGGCAAAUCAUUAUCCUGAAGCAUUCAUUGCUGAUAAAAACAGGGAAAAUUAACCAUUGGGAAAUAAGUCGAGCCUCUAAAAGUCAGCAGUUUAAACAUAAGAAUUCUAAAUGGGAAAACGGCACUUAUUUUACUGUUGAAUUACAGUAUAAUUCUAUGAAGCUCUUGCAUAGCAGACUGACGCAUGUCAAUAUUUUAGCCGGAAAUGACAGAGUAACUGAGGUUCUGGAAGAGGGCACUUCAUGGUGUUUUUGUGAUAUUUUUAAUUAUUCUUGAAGUUUAAUGACAACGUCUACUAAGCAACACAUCUGUGUUGUCAGUUAUCUCAAAAGAUGUACUGUUUUUCCUGACCUUUCUCUAUACAAUGCCAUAAAAAUGGUAGGUAAUCCAUAUUGGACACAUAUCCUGUGAUAAUAGUAGUUGUCUUGGCAAAAAAUGCUGUUCAGUUAUAACCUGUAUUUUGCAGAACUGAGUUACAAAUACCGUCAAUUUAAGCUCCCAACUUCGUUAUAUAGAAAAUUCUGUCCACUCAGAAAGCAUUCCAACUUCUAAGUCAUGAGAGGUGCCACUGCCGGUGUUGGUAACCCUGAUUAAAUGUAUAUACAAUGCAAUUAUUUGAUAUUUUGUCAGACUCUUGGGUGUCCUGAUGCAAAGUUGUGUUGGAUGUUGUUUAAACACAUAUAGCAUUUAUGCUCUGUUGUUUAAUUCUCUAAAUUGAUCCUUUGUAAAUUCAGGUGGCUGAAAUCAGGAUUGUCUCUUACCUAAGUGGCUAUGACUGUUCCUCCUCUAGUGAACUCUUCCACCACUGCAGAGAGCAUUAGGGAGUGUAGUGCUGUUGGGAAGCCCACUGCUAGCCCCAGGUCUCUGGGGUCCUGUUGUGAUCUUAGCACACAAAUUUUAUAUCUCCAUGAGUGUUUUAUGUGUCAUUUUAUCCCCAAAUGGUAUCUAGAUCUGAUUUCUCCACCGUCUCUAUAUUUUAUUUGUAUCCUGGACAUGAAAUACCUUCAGUUAAUUUUCUGUUUAAAUUCAGUGGUUUAUUUGACUGAGUUAGUUCAGAUGUUGUAGUUCAGUUCAGUAGUUAUUUCUUUUACUAAUCACACAACAGUGUAGCCUUAAAACCCAAAUUCACACUUUCUCUAUGUACAUAAUCUCAGUACAUAUUACUCAUCACAUUAUUAGUGUUUACGUCAAAUGUUAGCAUUAACACACAGACGCUAUUGUAGAUUUUUAUUAUGACAGUACAGAUUUUUGAAACAUGUGACUUCAGUAUUGGUCAUUUAUAUGGCAUUGUGUUAAACUGACCUUUAGCAUUUCAAACCACAUCAAGAUGUCUGUUUCUGGAUGUGUCCUUUGCAGUUACACAUGAUGUGCAGUUCUUUAAAUGUGACUACAGCUCUAGUUGGCAUAUCCUCUUUUGUUGGACGUGUGGGUUUUUAAAUUAAGGUCUUAACUUUCCCUUUAGACCACGGAUUACAUUAAGAGGAGACAAAAAGCCCAGGAAUUUCCCAUUUGUCACAUUCUGGCCAAAUUUUCUGUUCCUCAUAUGUCCACUGUGUUACAUAAUAUUAGAAUUCUUCGGAAUUUUUAAUCCCUUGAAAGAAAGUGCUACAUAUCACUACUACUACUUUAUGGAAUAAGAGUGUACAGUGAUAAAGUAUACAAUGCUUUUUUUGGGAGGGGGUGGGGCAACUGCUCUUUCUGUGCUUUACACUGACAUCUGGUGGUGAUCUUUAAUAUUUCUUUAUUUUUCAUAAUGCUGUGAGCGAAUGCUGAUGACACCAAGAUCUGCUAUGUCUUAUCUUGGACUAUUGAGGCAUUGUUGCUUUGCUUUGUUCGUUUCAGCUGCCACCAAAGCCAUAACCUACCUAUAUGCUUACUUUUCAGUUCAGUUAAUUUAUUUCAGUUUCAUUGUAAAUUAAAUGAAUCUACACCCUCCGGUAGCUAGACCAUAAUGCCCUAAUUCAUACUAAUAAGGACAGAACAUGCUGUCACGGGACUGAUCAAAGUUCUGUCAUUUUACAGUGAUAACAGUGUUCCUUUGGCCAGUUUAGAAAGCAAUAACUGUACCCAUGUCGAUUAUUACUAAAUAGACAAGAUUAGUACUGAAAGAAGGCAUUACACGUAUCUCUACAACUUGAGCAUCACCCUGUGAUCUGCUAGACUGAGACCUGUAGACAAUUCCUUAUUCUGAAACAAUACAAUGCAGUAAACGAUUCUCCUAACACAGUUAGAUGGUGAAGAUGGUCACUAAAUUAAGUGGGUACUUUUUCCUGUCUUUUAAUUCUAUGUAUGCUGUAUGUGGCCUUCUGGGCUGAAUAAGAUAAAUUAUUCUAUAUUUUACACAUGAAUAUAUCUAUUUUUCAAAGUAUAUAAUAUGUGCUCUGUCAGUCCUUAAAAGCUUUUUACCAUGAAUGCACAUAGGAAUUUUAAUCAACACACUUGCCUUUAAAAAUCAUAGAGAAACUCCAUGACAUAUAAAGUAUGCUGCUCCAAAUUAUUACUUUAUAAGUGUCAUUGUAAAGAUUAAACUGUAUUGGGGGAAGUAGUCAUGUUAAUUGUAGGUAAACCAACAUACUGCCUUUUAAAUUUAAGCAUGUCAUCUUUUUAAGUACUGUAUGAAUGGGUGUGGUUGUUUUGUAAAAUCUUUUCAUGUGCAACCACGUGGAACAGAUUUGCCUGUUUGAUAGGUCUCGUAGGCGUAUUUGUUCUGCUCUAGCCUUUAAAAAAUAGCGAUUGUAAAUACAGACAUGAAAUGCAUCAAAAUCUAGGCUUGAAUUAAUCCUAUUCAUGAUUCUUACCAUUAAUCUGCUUGUAUAACAUUGAACAUUGAUAUUUAUUUUUGAUUUUGUUUUAUUUUCAACAUAAAUUAUU